AUGGGACAGGUGCUGGCGCGCGCUAGGAAGCUGCGGCGACUUGGGCUGCGGCACAGAGCGCGGCGCGAUGCAGAGGUGCGGCAGCAGCAGCAGGAGCAGGAGCAGCAGCAGCAGCAGCAAGGGGCAGGUGGCGCCAACGCGGAGCAGCAGCAAGGGGAGGCGGAUGCCGUCAUGCAGGAGGUGCCGGGCGCCGUCCAGCCGCAGCCUGAGGUGGGUCAGCGGCAAUUGGCGUUGCAGCAGCAGCAGCAGCAGCAGCAGCAGCAGCAGCAGCAGCAGCAGCAGCAGCAGCAGGAGAAGAAGAAGGAGAAGGAACGGCGGCAGGAGGGGCAGCAGCAGCCAAAUGCACCGCAGCCGCGCGGCCGAAAGCGGCGGCGGUUGCUUGAGGAAGGCCAGCGGAGCGACGGCGGCGCUCUCAGUGGCGAUGACGGGCCGGACGGCAGGGGUGCGCACGAGGUGGAGCAGCCUCCCGCCCGCACGGCGGCGGCUGAGGGGCCCCACGCGACAGGGGAGGCGCGGCAGCAAGAGGAGGAGCAUGGGGAGGGGCGACUGGGGGCAGAGGUGGAGGAGGGGCAAGAGCACCCUGCUGACCUGGCGCACUGCGAGAAGCUGCAGGCCGGCAAGGUGCUUGUAUGGGGCGCCGUCCGUGCAUGGCGCGCGCUGCAGCUGCUGCUCCGCGCCGACGAGGAGGAGGUGGCGGGCGGCGGCGGGGAUGGGGGGGACGCGGAGGGGCUGCCGGCGGAGGAAGGCGAGCAGGCGGGACUGGAGGGAGCUGAUGAUGAGGAGGAGGAAGAGGAGGAGGGGCGAGAGGAGGCGGAGGAAGAGGACCAGAGGACGCCGCGCCCCAAGCGGCAGCGGCAGGAGAUUUGA